UCUUGCAACUUGAAUUUGUUUGUUAUGAUCUCUUCCGCCGAUAGCUUCCCAAGAAUUGGGUAAAUAAAAUCGUAGCCCGUUGUUCUCCAACUAACAAGAAUGCGGCGUCACUUACAGUGGAGCAUCAAAAAGUUAACGGCCAGUUAUGCGGAUGGCCAGUUGUCUCCUCGCCGGGUUACGGAGCAGGCCCUGGAGGAUGCACUUCGGUUGAAGACCCUGAACGCCUUUGUGCGUCUCACCCCGGAACAGGCCAUUCAGCAGGCCCAGGUCUCGGAGGAGCGCUAUCAGCGAAAGCAGCAAAGUGGCUCCCUAGACGGAGUAACCAUUGCCAUAAAGGACAACUUUUGCACUAGGGAUGUCCACACCACCUGUGCUUCGAGGAUGCUUCAGGACUUUGUACCUCCCUAUGAUGCAACUGUCUGCGCCAAGCUUAAAAAAGCUGGCGCCAUAAUCCUAGGAAAGACCAACAUGGAUCAAUUUGCCAUGGGCGCAGGAACUGUGGACUCCCUGUACGGACCCACCAAGAAUAUCUGGAGCGAGGACCUCGACCAGGACAACUGGCGCAUCGCGGGCGGCAGCUCCGGAGGCUCUGCAUCCGCCGUGGCCGCGGGUCUUUGUUAUGCUGCAAUUGGUUCGGACACGGGCGGCUCUACCCGCAAUCCCGCUUCCUACUGCGGCGUGGUGGGCUUAAAACCGACCUAUGGCCUGGUCUCCCGCCACGGCCUCAUCCCGCUGGUCAACUCAAUGGACGUGCCUGGCAUUUUCGCCCGCUCCGUCAGCGACUGCGUUGCGGUACUUAACGCAGUGGCUGGACCGGAUCGACUGGACUCCACUACCAUCAGAGACCCGUUCACAAGGCUGAAACUGCCGGAGAUCGGGCAAAUCGACUUGAGCACUGUGCGUAUAGGGAUACCAAAGGAAUAUCACUGUCAGGGCCUGUCCGCCGAGGUGCUGGAAACGUGGUCCAAGGUGGCAGAUCUUCUGGAGUGUGGCGGUGCCUGCGUGCAACAGGUUUCGUUGCCAAAUACGGCUGCAAGUAUAUUCGUGUACUCCAUCCUCAAUCAGUGCGAGGUGGCCAGCAAUAUGGCCCGGUACGACGGUAUCGAGUAUGGCCAUCGGGCUGAAGACGAGCGCAGCACGGAGCAGUUGUACGCUCUUUCCCGAGCCGAGGGAUUCAACGAGGUGGUGAAGACACGCAUCCUUACAGGAAACUUCCUCCUACUAAGGAAGAACUACGAACACUACUUUGAGAAGGCGUUGCGAGUACGCCGCCUGAUCGCAGAGGACUUCGUAAAAGUUUUUGAGGCCUCUGAUAAGGAGGAUCACGUGGACAUCCUCCUCACACCGACAACUCUUACAGAGGCUCCACUCUACAAGGAUUUCGCCUCCCUGACAAACCGGGACCAGUGCGCGGUGCAGGACUUCUGCACUCAGCCUGCCAACAUGGCUGGUAUUCCCGCCGUGUCCAUACCUAUUCGAUUGUCCCAGGCUGGAUUGCCAUUGAGUCUUCAGCUGAUGAGCAAUAGCCUCAACGAGCAGUUACUGCUCACUGUGGCGAGCUGGAUCGAGGGCCAGGUGGGAUUUGACAGCCUGGAGAACAGACAAGAGUACAAGGCCAGUUUAUAAAAUGAAUCUAAUUUUAUUCUGGUCUUUAAUAAAUUCUGUUUACCAUA